AUGCAUCGCGUAUCCGACUCCUUUGAUGGCUCCGACAGCUCGGCAUCUUCUUUGGAAGAGGGGCGUCUAGAUACAAAUCUAGCUCCAGAUCCAGAGGAAAAUCCAGAUCAAUAUCCACAAUCGGCGCAUCGUGGGCAAGAUGCACAAAUACAGGGCGGUAUUCCUACUCAAGCACAAGUACAUUCGUCUCGUCCUGGUGGAGAUGCGAGUGAUAUAAGUGACAUAAGUGAAGGUGAAGAUGGGACGGAGGAGGAGAAGGGUCGGGAGGAAAAUGGGAAUACUUCUACCGCCAGUCAGACAGGAGAGGAGAAGGAGAAGGGCGGAAUGCCGAGUAAAGACCCGAAUUUGGUAACAUGGUCCAGCCCAUCCGACCCUGGCAACCCGCAAAACUGGUCACUUGGUCAAAAAUGGGCAGUAACGUUCGUCGUCUCCCUGUACACAUUCAUCUCCCCCGUCUCGUCGUCCAUGAUUGCGCCUGCGCUGGGCAAACUUUCUGCAGACCUGGGGAUCCAUUCCGAGACCGAGGCGGCAUUGUGCAUGUCCAUCUUCGUACUGGCUUAUGCCAUUGGCCCGCUGGUGCUUGGUCCGCUAUCCGAGGUGUUUGGCAGAGUGUACGUCUUGCAUGCGAGUAAUGCGUUUUAUCUGGCCUGGAAUCUGGGAUGCGGGUUUGCGACGAACAAGGGGGAGAUGAUAGCGUUCCGCUUUCUGAGUGGAUUAGGCGGGAGUGCGCCACUGGCUGUUGGUGGAGGUGUAUUAGGAGAUUGUUGGUCCCGCUCCGAGCGCGGCAAAGCAAUGGGAAUUUACGCUCUUGCGCCGCUUCUCGGGCCAGUUGUUGGUCCGAUAGCGGGCGGGUUCAUUGCAGAAAAGGUAACAUGGAAGUGGGUAUUCUGGGCGACUAGUAUUGUUGCAGGAGUGGUGCAAAUUAUUGGACUGUGGUUCCUGCGAGAGACCUACGCUCCGGUCCUUCUCAAGACACGGGCAGCACGACUGCGCAGAGAGACGGGCAAUGGAGGACUCUACACAGCAUUCGACUCGGAAAAGAAAUUGGCCAAGGUGCUCGGAUCAGCAAUGAUAAGACCGUUUCGACUUCUCGCCACCCAGCCCAUUAUUCAACUCAUUGCCAUUUACAUGGCGUAUCUUUUUGGGACAGUCUAUCUCAUCUUGUCAACUUUCCCUCGCGUAUGGCAAGACGUAUAUGGGGAGAAUGUUGGCAUUGCUGGUCUCAACUACCUCUCUCUGGGCAUAGGCGCUUAUGUUGGUGCCCAGAGUGCCGCCCAGUUAAAUGACCGCAUCUAUCGAAGGUUAUGUCGCCGCGGCACCGGCAACGAUGUUGAGAAUUCUGCGCCUGACGCACAAAGCAAAGGUAUCGCUAGUGAAUCAAAGUCCUCGACCAAAACGUCCGGAGUGAUGAACUCCUCAACCUCACCAACAACAAAAGCAAUCGGCAUCCCGCCCGGAAAACCCGAAUACCGCGUCCCUUUAAUGUUUGUCGCCUCUGCACUUAUUCCGAUAGGCCUCUUCUGGUACGGCUGGUCGGUCGAAUCACGUCUUCACUGGAUCAUGCCAAACAUUGGCGUCUUCAUCUUGUUCGUGGGAACUAUGGUCUGUCUGCAAUGUAUGCAGACGUAUAUUCUUGACAGCUAUACUCUGUUCGCAGCAAGUGGGAUAGCUGCCGCUGUUGUGUUGAGGAGUCUCGCGGGGUUUGCAUUCCCCUUAUUUGCACCCAGCCUAUAUGCUGCACUGGGCGACGGCUGGGGAAAUAGCGUACUAGCGUUCAUCAGUAUUGGGGUGGGAAUUCCGGCGCCUUGGAUAUUCUGGUUUUGGGGUGAAAAGUUGCGGUCCGUAUCCAGGUUUGCUGCUGGAUAA